CAGAGACAAAAAAUUAAUGGGCAAAAGUACAGUGUGUAGGUGACAAACAGCAUGUUUGGUGCUUCGAGGAAGAAGUUUGUAGAGGGGGUUGAUGGUGACUACCAUGAUGAAAACAUGUACUACAGCCAAUCAUCGAUGUUCCCACAUCGGUCAGAAAAAGAUAUGCUGGCGUCACCAUCAACAUCAGGUCAGCUGUCUCAGUUUGGGGCAAGUUUAUACGGGCAACAAAGUGCACUAGGCCUUCCAAUGAGGGGAAUGAGCAACAAUACCCCUCAGUUAAAUCGCAGCUUAUCACAAGGCACUCAGUUACCGAGCCACGUAACGCCAACAACAGGGGUACCAACAAUGUCACUUCACACGCCUCCAUCUCCGAGCAGGGGGAUAUUGCCUAUGAAUCCUAGGAAUAUGAUGAACCACUCCCAGGUUGGUCAGGGCAUUGGAAUUCCCAGCAGGACAAACAGCAUGAGCAGUUCAGGGUUAGGCAGCCCCAACAGAAGCUCUCCAAGCAUAAUAUGUAUGCCAAAGCAGCAACCCUCUCGACAACCUUUUACUGUGAACAGUAUGUCUGGAUUUGGGAUGAACAGAAAUCAGGCAUUUGGAAUGAAUAACUCCUUAUCAAGUAACAUUUUUAAUGGAACAGAUGGAAGUGAAAAUGUGACAGGACUGGACCUCUCAGAUUUUCCAGCACUAGCGGACAGAAACAGAAGGGAAGGAAGUGGCAAUCCAACUCCGUUAAUAAACCCUUUAGCUGGAAGGGCUCCCUAUGUUGGAAUGGUAACAAAACCAGCAAGUGAGCAGUCCCAGGACUUUUCAAUACACAAUGAAGAUUUUCCAGCAUUACCAGGCUCCAGCUACAAAGACCCAACAUCGAGUAAUGAUGACAAUAAAUCUAAUUUGAGUACAUCAGGCAAAACAUCAUCCAGCACAGAUGGGCCCAAGUUUCCUGGAGAUAAAAGUUCAACUACGCAAAACAACAACCAGCAGAAAAAAGGGAUUCAGGUGUUACCUGAUGGUCGAGUUACCAACAUUCCUCAAGGGAUGGUGACGGACCAGUUUGGAAUGAUUGGCUUGCUAACAUUCAUCAGGGCAGCAGAGACAGAUCCGGGAAUGGUACAUCUUGCAUUAGGAAGUGAUUUAACAACACUAGGUCUCAAUCUCAACUCUCCUGAAAAUCUUUAUCCCAAAUUUGCAUCACCCUGGGCAUCAUCACCUUGUCGACCUCAAGACAUAGACUUCCAUGUUCCAUCUGAAUACUUAACUAACAUUCACAUUAGGGAUAAGCUGGCUGCAAUAAAACUUGGCCGAUAUGGAGAAGAUCUCCUGUUUUAUCUCUAUUACAUGAAUGGAGGAGAUGUAUUACAGCUAUUAGCAGCAGUAGAGCUAUUUAACCGGGAUUGGAGAUACCACAAAGAAGAACGAGUAUGGAUCACCAGGGCACCCGGCAUGGAGCCGACGAUGAAAACCAAUACGUACGAGAGGGGAACAUAUUACUUCUUUGACUGUCUUAACUGGAGGAAAGUAGCUAAGGAGUUCCAUCUGGAAUAUGACAAAUUAGAAGAAAGGCCUCAUCUGCCAUCAACCUUCAACUACAACCCUGCUCAGCAAGCCUUCUAAAGACUUCCCUUUUCUUGGGGUAUGGCUGUCUCAGCACAAUACUCAACAUAACUGCAGAACUGAUGUGGCUCAGGCAUCCUGGUUUUAAUUCCUUGAGGAUCUGGCAAUUGGCUCAUGCGAAGGGUCACCAUUUGAGGUCCUGCCUUACUAAUUAUGUGCUGCCCAACAACUAAAUUUGUAAUUGUUUUUCUUUAGUUUGAGCAGGGUCUGAAUUUUUGUUUUUUUGUUUUAUUUUUUGCCAGCAGACAAGCUUGGGUCUGUAAAGACAAGCGAGUACACUGACAAAAGUUUACCACUUAGUUUUCCAAAAUGUAAAAACAAAAAAAAAGAAAAAAGACAAAAAAUUAGACAACAAAAUUUGCAUUGUUCAUUGUAGCACUAUUGGUAAUAAAAAAUGUUUGUGCAUUUUUAUGUGAAGAUCCUUCUCGUAUUUCAUUUGGAAAGAUGAGCAAGGUUUGCUUCCUUCAUUUUACUUCCCCUUCUGUUUUUGAAAGGCAGUUUUCGCCAAGCUUAAUGCAAGAAUAUCUGACUGUUUAGAAGAAAGAUAUUGCCACAGUCUCUGGUCAGUUUCCAGAGUUGUGUAUUACUGAGCUUCAUCUUUCCAGAAUGAGCAAAACACUGUCCAGUCUUUGUUACGAUUUUGUAAUAAAUGUGUACAUUUUUUUUAAAUUUUUGGACAUCACAUGAAUAAAGGUAUGUAUGUACGAAUGUGUAUAUAUUAUAUAUAUGACAUCUAUUUUGGAAAAUGUUUGCCCUGCUGUACCUCAUUUUUAGGAGGUGUGCAUGGAUGCAAUAUAUGAAAACGGGACAUUCUGGAACUGCUGGUCAGGGGACUACUUUGUCGCCCUGUGCACUAAAGGGCCAGAUUUUCAGCAGCCAAGGACAUCCAUACCCAAGUGAAUGUGAUGGGACUUAAAGAAGUGAACUGAGACAAUUCACUCUGGCUGUUUGAACAGCAGCGUUUCAUAGGAAGAGAAAAAAAAAAAGAUCAAUCUUGUAUUUUCUGACCACAUAAAGGCUUCUUCUCUUUGUAAUAAAGUA